AUGGCUCCCGUCCGCCUCGUCCGUCGUAUCCUCCGCCUAUCAUUACUCAAUCGCCCCGACCACCGACUAGACCACAAACCUAUGCGUGAUCAAGCUGUGAUGACUGACGCCAUGGUUCCGGCACAUGUUGACGACUCGACUGCCCUUACUGCUAUUAAGGCUACUAACAACUACUACUACAAUGAUGCUGAUGAUGCUUCAAUUGACACCGACAACUCCUAUGGUCCCGAUCAACCAGAAGACGAUGAGUCCUUACAAGAAUAUUUACACGGUCCUCGUCCAGCCUUUGACUACUUUGGAUUCCCUGUCGAAGCCCUUUUUCUUACAUUAGACGGAAGUGCCGACUCCUUUGAGUUCCACCGUCACCACGACCCUUACCGCGUGUUCGAGCCUCGCCCUUGUCCAUUGGUUAGUAUUAUUCCCCACGCCGAUGUCGACAUGCAUGUCUCUUAA